CUCCACAACCGCUUUAUCCUUUCGCACAUCACAUUACUCGCACAAAAUGAUUACUCCUAUUGUUCGAAGGCAACUUAUUCAAACGGCGAGGCACUCAAGAUGUUUCAGUUCAAGCCCAAUCGCCGCUGCGCAGGAGGUUAAACGUCUAGGCGUCAUCGGUGCUGGGCAAAUGGGAUUGGGGAUCGCACUGGUGGCCGCACAGAAAGCUGGAGUCCCGGUGACUCUUGUGGACACGAAUCAGGCCUCAAUUGACAAGGGCCUCAAGUUUGCAGACAAACUGUUGGCCAAGGAUGUCUCGAAAGAGCGCAUCACGCAAGAGCAAUCUGACAAGAUACGAUCCCUCCUUGGGCCGACUACGACGAUGGACUCACUGUCAGAUGUCGACUUCGUGAUCGAGGCUGUGCCUGAGAUCCCAUCUCUGAAAUUCGACAUCUUCCGCUCUCUUGCGCAAAUCUGCCCUCCCCAUGCCAUUCUCGCCACCAAUACCUCUUCAAUCUCCAUAACUCGUAUCGCAGCAGCGACCACCACAGAUCCAAAGGACACCUCCGCCUCGUCCCGUGUCAUAUCUACACAUUUCAUGAAUCCGGUGCCCGUCCAGAAAGGCGUCGAAAUUAUCACGGGCCUGCAAACAAGCCAAGAGACUAUUGACACAGCGCUGGCGUUCUGUAAAGCAAUGGGCAAGAUCCCAUCGAAGUCUGCUGAUUCUCCUGGCUUCCUAGCAAACCGGAUUUUGAUGCCUUAUAUCAACGAGGCAAUCAUUUGCUUAGAAACUGGUGUAGGUGAGAGAGACGAUAUCGAUGCGAUCAUGAAGAAUGGGACAAAUGUACCCAUGGGCCCUCUGCAGUUGGCCGACUUCAUUGGCAUUGAUACGUGUUUAGCAAUUAUGAAGGUGUUGUAUGAAGAGACCGGAGAUUCGAAGUACAGGCCUAGCAUACUACUCGGAAAGAUGGUUGAUGCUGGAUGGCUAGGAAAGAAGAGUGGAAAGGGAUUUUAUGACUAUUAG